GAAGUCAGAUGGUAUUGACGGAUUGACUUGAGCGAACGCCGUAGGAAAUCGAGAGCAAAAUAAGCGCACAGACAGAGGACCUCAGCAUCUAUUUCCAAAGCUGCUUUCGCUUGUUCUACCCAUCUCGAUCAGAGCCAACUCUCCUAGAAAGAAUGAAGUGUAUUAACGACCUCGCCUUUAAUAUUGCGCGACCAGGUAGAGUUUGUGUUUUAAGAGUUUAUUGAGGUUCAUCGCGGUAAAUCAGACUUCAAUUUCACGCGUUAAGUAGUUCUUCCUGCUUUUCCCAAAAGUAAGACCUCAAAAUGACAAAAACUCUCACUGCUCAGUCGUCAAAGGGCUCUGGUUUAUCGCCCAAGGCCGUUGGUUAUCCAAGAAAACUACGUUGUAGGUGUAACUUUUUUGGAGCAUUGCAAAUCUGUCUGGCAGGACAGCAAAAACCUGUCAUGCGCAGAUAGUAUGUGAAAACGCCCUUUAAUGCGCCCUACAAUGCAUGCCAAGCAUGAGAGACGCAAUCAUCUUGUAUGUUGCGCAUCGCUAAUUUACACUAACAAUGUUUUUUUCUUGGAUAUUGGUGCUGACGUUCUGAAGGGUUUCAGCGUCGCGAACUUGGAACCGGCGGAGCAACCGGCCACGUUCACGAUAGGGUUUCCAGGAGGAUUCACUUUCACGCCAUCGGGAGAUGGGCCACAAAAAGGUAGUAUACAAAAGAUUGGUGCGCGAUGUUAAUAGUCUCAGCGACGAGACAUAAAUAAUUAGUACGCUUUUCUUGUUGAUUGCAGGGGGGAAAUUUGGAUGAAAUUCCAUAGCACGGUGAUGGUAUUCAAACAUGAAAGUUGCACCAUUGAUUCAAAUCAGCUUCCGCCAGCUCCGGUAUUCCAGUACCCCCCGCGGCGCCCUACUACCCUUCUUUCAAUCCCUACAGCACCGACGCCUCCGCUUUUGCGGCGGGGGGAGUAGGAGUAGGAGUAGGAGUACCUGCAGCGUACGGCUACGCCCCUCCUGCGCCCCCACACCACGCCUUCGCAAACUACUCGGUCGGAACGGGUGACUACUCAAACGCGAUGCAUCAUGCCGGCAGCGCAGGAAUACACACGCGCGACGCAAUUUUAGGGAAGAAAAAGAAAACGGAAAAGAAUUGCUGGUGCUGCUAGUAUGUUGUAAGGGAGUAGAUCCCGCGGCUUUGGUGAAGAAGAAAGGGGAUACUAAAUGCGUUCUGAAAGAAACGAAUGAAAGACUACGAUUCUGUUGAAAUCAAAAAUGUCAAAAGCUUAGAGAUACCGUUUCCCUUUUCCAUGAAAAUGCUGAACAAACAAACUAUAGUUUCGCGAAACUACGCAAGAUGAAAUAACGAUCGGAACUGCUAU